AUGAAAAAGGAGGAGGAACGUCGUAAGAAGGCCAAUGAACGGGAAAAGGAAGAAGAAUUACGAAGGAAAGAAGAAGAAGAAGAAGAAGAAGAAUUACUAAGGAAAAAGGAAGAAGAACGCCAAAGAAGUGAAGAGGAGGACAGGAGGAGAAGAGAAAAAGAAGUAAAGAGAAAGAUUGCUGAAGACGAGGAAAACAGAAGGUUGGUUGAGUUAGAAGCAAAGGAAGAACAAAGGAGGAGGGUUGCUGAGGAAGAAAAAAGACGUAAAGAAGCCGAAAUAACUGCACGCAAGAAAGAAGAGGAAUCUAGAAGGAAAAUGGCUGAUGAUGAAGCUAGAAAACUUGCUGCAGAACACCUGGAAAGAAAAAUAGCUGAGGAAGAAGCAAGCCACAAUCCAAUUGGAAUGGUGGCAAGCCAAGAGGUUCUUGAAGGUAAAGCAAGAAGAAUAGUUCAUAGAAGGAAAGCUGUAGAGGAAGAGGCAAGAAGAAAGGUACUGGAGGAAGAAGCAGAAAGGAAAGUAGCGCAAGAGGAAUCAAGGACAGCAGCUAAUGAAGAAGAAAAAAGGAAUGCAGCUGAAAAAGAAGCACGUACAGGAGCAGAAGAAGAAAAAGAAAGAAGAAAUGCUCAAGAUGAUUCCAGGAGGAUAGGUGAAGAAAAAAUAACAAAGUCCGAGAUAAUUGCAUUAGCAGUAGACAAGAACACACACAACGUGGAUGAACUCGAUGGAGCAGCAGAGAAUCGAAAAAAGAGACGAACAUCUGAUGAAAGAGCAGAACAGGCAAGAGGGCAAGCAGAAAGAAAAGCCAAGCAAAAGGAACGACAGGGAGUACUCAAAGACGACGAAGCAGCAAGGAAAGCUGAAUCUGAUAAAUAUGCGACAAGAAAGAUCUUGGAAGAGGCAAAAAAAAAGUGGGAUGAAGAAGACACUGAAAGGCAUAAAAAGGGAGCGGAAAAUGACCAGAAAAAAAUGGAGGAAAUAGUUUUUACUAAGGUGGAGAAAGAACAACAACACUUAGGGGCAUUAAAACGUACAGAAGAAGAGAACAAGAGAGAGGAAGAAAACAUAAAGUAUGAACUACAGAAGCAGCAAUUACUAGAACUCCAACAAAAACAAAAGAAUGAAAAUGAAUUAAGUAACCAACCAGUGGAAGAAGGGGGGCUGAAACUUGAGGAAAGAAAAAGAAAAGACCAGGAGACGUCUAAAGAAGAGAAAGUGAAUGAAAAGUGGCAUAAUGUAGAAAUAUUGGGCAAAACAUUAGAGCCUCUAGAGCAUCCUGAAAUGGAAAAGAUACAGGAGGAGCAAGCAAAGAGGCUGAAAAAGGAGAAGGAGAAAGGAACCCAACAAGAAACACACCUGAGGUUUCAAGACCAGAGAUCAGCGUCAGUGCCAACUCCAAAAGUGUCCACGCCUGUAACCCCAAAAGCUAUUCCGGGACCUGUUCGUAGUGCUUCGUUCGCUGCUAGACGAGCAGCCAAAGCCAAAGGACGAGAAUAUGCUGAGGACACUAAACAAGUAGUGGAGAAAGAGAUGUCCGCAUUUGCUAAGAUGGAAGCACAGCGAGCAAGCAUUGGAUUUUUGGAUCCUUCUAUCAUUGACAUUGUGGAGCUCCAUGGAACGCCCAGGCGUAGAAUUUAUGAUGGUCUCGGGGAUUUUAUGUAA